AUGACAAAAGCCGUUACCACUAUCUGGUUAGAUCAAACACAAAUACGUGAUAGACAAUGUCAUAUUUCUUUUUGCACAAUUGAUCCAUACCUAAUUACAUAUCGAGACACACAAAAAUGCAUUGAUUAUAUUACCGGUUUGAAACCAGAUGAGGAUCGUGUAAUUAUGAUUAUUUCCAUCAAUCAACUGUUAUCUUCUACUGACACAUUGAUACAACAAUAUGUAAACUUGUCACAGAUUGAAUCAAUAUACAUUUUAUGUAACUCGACUGAGAUUGACGUUGAAAUAUAUGACAAACUAAGUAAAGUACGUGGAAUAUACACUGAACUAUAUUCAUUAUGUAAGGAGUUUACCUCAUUACCUUAUAUAAAACGUCAGCGUCGAGAAGAUUUUCAACGCAUGGAUUUUAUCAUUACUUCAUUAGAGAAGCUAUCUAACACCGCUACAACAACAACAACGACGCGACUGUCGCAAUGCCAGCAAUCCUUAAACGCAUCGACCAUAGAUCGAAAACUGACUGAACUCGAAUUUCUAUAUUCAAAAAUUCUUCGAGACGUUCUAUUGGAAGAUGUGAACUCAACACGAAGUGAAAUGGUUACCUUCUGUCGACAAAUAUAUGCUGAUAGUCCACCAGAAUUGAAUCAUGUGGAAGAAUUUGAAGAAUAUUAUACAUCUGAAAAUGCAAUAUUUUGGUAUACACGUGAUAUAUUUCUCUAUCGUCUAUUAAACAGAUCUCUCAGAGAUCGAGACAUCAAAACGCUCUACUCUCUAAGAUAUUAUAUUAAAGAUCUUGAUUUAAGACUGAAAGAACUUUGUAGUUCUCAAUCGUUGUUUUCUUCAACGUCUUCCAGAGAAUAUACAAUUUAUCGAGGACAGUUAAUGAACGAUGCAGAAUUUGACAAGAAAAUACGAAAUAACAUUGAUGGUUUCUUCUCUAUAAAUAGUUUUCUAUCAACUACUCGAGAUCGGUAUUUGGCACUUUUAUAUUCUGGUAAUAGUGACUCGAAUAGAAUAUCGGAAGAACAAUGUGUUUUAUUUGAAAUUCCUCUUGAGAUUGGUAUAGAUGGAUUUGCUUAUGCGGAUAUUUCGAAUGAAAGUACAUUUGGUCCCUAUGAAAAAGAAGUACUCUUUAGUAUGGGCGUGAUCUUUCGUAUAGCCUCUAUUAUACGAGAUAACAAUGAACAUGUUUGGAUUGUUCAAUUGAAAUUAACUAAUGAAGAAGAUCAGCAUUUACAAAAAAUUAAACCAACAAUAAAGAAUGAUAUAACAAAACCAUACAAACCUUUGAUAAAAUUAAUAAGAGUAAUGUGCAGAAUGCAAUAUUUGAAAGAAGCAGAAUAUUUUUCACUAUUAGCUCUACAAGACGAAUCAAUUACUUCUGAUAUUGAUUUACUAUCGAUAACUUGUUAUCAACUUGGAGUUAUAUAUAAAAGCACUGGAAAGAGUGAUGAAGCAAUGAAAUAUUUCAAAACAACGUUAAGUCUGGAAUAUCCAUAUCCAUCGUUAUCAAAUUUAUACACCAAUUUAGGAACUGUACAUGAAGAUAUCGGCGAGUUGGAUUCUGCAUACACAUAUCAUAACUUAGCAUUAGAAGCGCUCUCAGAUGCUGAGACAAUAAAUCAAGCUGAUCUAGCAAUAAAAUAUAGUAAUAUUGCUUCUAUAUGCCGUAAAAAAGAAUAUUAUUUACAAUCAUUAGAAAAUUAUACAAAUUGUUUGAAAAUUGAAUUAGAAAUAUUUUCUUACGAUAUAAAAUUAUUCAUUACGAAAAAUAAUAUAGGCGUUGUGUACAUUCUUCUAGAGAAUUACAUUAAAGCAAUCGAACAUUUUCAAGGAACAAUUGAAAUUAGUAAUAAAUUAUGUGAAAAUCCAAAUAUUAAUAUAUAUUUAGCAAUCAACUAUUGGAAUUUGGCUUGCGCCUUUUAUCAACAAAGACAACUAGCGGAUGCUCUUGAAUACUUACAAGAAUGCAAGAAUAUUGCGAGUCACGGCUUAAAUAUUGUACGUCAUAGUCGAAAUGCGGAGCUAUGUAAAACCUGGAUUCAACGUAUUAAAGAUGAGAUGACAACAGACGUACAUCAGAUACCAAAAAUAUAUGGACCUGAUCCAUGGUUAAAGAAACAUGAUUAUGACAUGAAUCUUAUGCUUGAAUAA